AUGAAGCGGCUCCACGACAUGGAAUUCCGACACAAGAUCAUAAAGGUGGAGCUCUACCACUCGGCCAUCAAGGACCGUCGAUGGCCGGAGAUCAGGAUAGACAACUGCAUGACGGUCGGUGCGCUGAAGGAAAAGCUCUACACCAACACGGACAACGACUCCUGCGAGCUGCACCAGUACGGUGUGGAUGAUGGUUACGUGAUCUACAUACUGGCUUCCGAACACUCUCACCCCGCGACAUCGGCCCCUGAUACUGGCAGUCUCUCAGACACCCCUCUCAAGGUGACCAACCCUCGGCUCCAUCAGCACUACGCGGAGCAGAUGGAGCGCUACCGCGAAACUGGUGAUGAAUCUAACUUCGAGGCAUAUCGCAUGAGUGAGGAGGAGUACGAGAAACGUGGGAAAGGGCUUAGAGAGUUCAUAGCCCGCAUGCGUGAACAGAGCCGUGCUCGUGAUGCCGCCCUUGAGCAGGAGGCACCCAAGUCUAUAGAGGUGUUGAGGCAGGAAUACCCGCUGGGAUCAAGGUGCUCAAUUAGCCCUGCUGACGUUCGCGGAGUUGUGCGCUACGUUGGCAACGUGAAGCGCGACCUUCUCAUAGGGAUCGAAUUGGAUGAACCUGUUGGAGACAGUGACGGUAGCGUAGAUGGUGUACGCUAUUUCACCGCCAGGGGACCUAGUUACGGGAUUUUCCGCCCAUACGAGCAGGUGAUGGUUGGUGAUUUCCCGGAGUUGGACCCCUUUGAAAUGGCUUAA